CUGAGCUGCUCUGAAGUUGGCAGGAGGCGCUCAGAGCGGAGCUCAGACGUUGGCCGCCGGAUGAGGCUCUUAUCUGGAUUAAUCUGGUUGCUCCAGCUGACCGAACAUUUGGGAUGAUGAAGAGGAGGAGGCACGCGGCAGAUGGAGGGAGGACGCCCGGAGCUCCAUGAGCGGAGGAUGUGACGGAAGGUGGAGGGAUGGAGACGGCCGCCAGCUACGGAGAUGCGCUCAACUUCUCCACCAAUGACACCAACAACAGCUCCGGCUCCGGGGCGGAGGAGCGGGGCUCCAGCCUCCCCUUCCAGGCGGCUCUGGCCGCGGCUCUGGCUCUCAUCACCUUCGCCACCACGCUCUCCAACGCCUUCGUCAUCGCCACCAUCUACCAGUCCCGGAAACUUCACACCCCGGCCAACUUCCUGAUCGCGUCGCUCGCGCUCACGGACCUGCUGGUGUCCAUCCUGGUGAUGCCCAUCAGCGCGCUCUACACCGUCCUGCAGACCUGGACGCUGGGCCAGGUGCUGUGCGACAUCUGGCUGUCCUCGGACAUCACGUGCUGCACCGCCUCCAUCCUCCACCUGUGCGUCAUUGCGCUGGACCGCUACUGGGCCAUCACGGACGCGGUGGAGUACUCCAAGAAGCGCACGCCGGGGCGCGCGGCCGGGAUGAUCGUGACCGCCUGGGUCAUCGCCAUCUCCAUCUCGCUGCCGCCCUUCUUCUGGCGCCAGGUGAAGGCGGAGGAGGUGACGAGCUGCAACGUGAACACGGACCACAUCUUCUACACCAUCUACUCCACCUUCGGCGCCUUCUACAUCCCCACGCUGCUGCUCAUCUGCCUUUACGGCCGGAUCUACGUGGAGGCGCGGAAGCGCAUCCUGAAGCAGGCGCACAACAAGCCGGGGAAGCGGCUGACCUCUGCGCGCCUGAUCACCAACUCCCCCGGCUCCGUGGCCUCCACCACCUCCCUGAACUACGGGACGAACGACGCCUCCUCCUGUGACACUACCUCCUCCUGCCCGAACGUGAGCCAAGUCAAAGUCACUGUGUCCGACGCGCUGCUGGAGAAGAAGCGCAUCUCUGCGGCCAGAGAGAGGAAGGCCACCAAGACUCUGGGAAUCAUCCUGGGAGCCUACAUCAUCUGCUGGCUGCCCUUCUUCAUCUACACCCUCCUAGUGCCUCUCUGCGACUCCUGCUUCCACCCGGGUCUCUUUGACAUCUUCACCUGGCUCGGUUACCUCAACUCUCUGAUCAACCCCAUCAUCUACACCAUGUCCAACGAGGACUUCAAGCAGGCUUUCCACAAACUCAUGAAGCGCUUUAGGUGCUGCAGGGCGUGAGCCGUGAUGGAUGACGCUGGGAUCCAGACGUGGAAAGGAAAUAGGAUGAAAAAAUGGCCAUUAUGGGAAUGUCCCCAAGUGAUGUAAAAGCUUCAUUUAUGUUCCUGAAGUUUGAUUUAUGACCUCAGCGGGAAAGAGCAGGACGCCUGUGAUGGAGUUUGGCUUUUACGGGCCUCUAUAAUGUGGCUUCUUAGGUGUCAAAAGGCAUAAAAUGAAUCCCAGCCAUCCGUCAUCUUUAUGCUGCACAAAAAAACACCCAAGAUGUCCAACAAUCAGUCAUAUUUAAUAGAUCAGAACAUGAUUCUUUUAUUUCAGUAGCUCCAUCACCCACAAAUACAUGAUAAAGACUGUAUUUUACAGUCUUAAUAUUUUAAAGCCUUUCAUUUUGUUGAAUAUAAUGAUUUUUUUUGCCUGUUAAAGGUUCAUCAACUUCCAUAUUUAAGCAAAUGGUUACGACUGCAGCCAGAAAAAUGACCUAAAAAUGAGAUUUUCUGCAGAUUUUGGAACAGGCUUAAGUUACCGGUUCAAUGCAGGGGCUCUGAGGGACCCAACAGUGCAGGAUGCACCCCCCCAUCUGGGUCCCAUGGAUGCACAUUUAUAACACAGUUAUUCCACAUUCCCCUCUUCUGUCGUGAAAAGCACCUCCCCCUAAAUCUGCAGUAACUCUGCAGACCUCUUCUCUAAGCUCCUCCGACCAGAACAGAACAGAAAAUUGUUUUUUUUUCUAUAAUUUAAUGAUAAAUGAUGGAAAGCGGUGCAUCUGCGGUGGCGUUUGGAGUCGACACAGAGAAAGUGGAUCUGUUCUCGUUAAUCUACAUAGCAGGGUAGUU